GAUUUUUGACUAAUAUUGGUCUAAACGAAUCGUUUUGAAGCUGUUUGGGGUCUAUGCUUGUAUAAUUUACAUGUUAGAUGAGGUUGCGCACAUUUUGAGGGUGGCACAUCUUGCGCGUUUUCUGCACACUUAACUUCAGAAUUUUUAGCUUUACAGGCUCUUUGCAAAGGUUGUUGAAGAAAUUCCUGGUGUUACUGAGAGCAAGGGCCAUAAGAGCCAGGCUCAUGCUUCCUGUGCUGAAUGUGGUUGGGUGGUUGGGCUGCAUUUGCAGAUUGGAAGGCCCUCCAUCAUUCCUCGCAUGGCCUCCACCUCGGUUCCUUCCACAGCUCGUGACGAUCAAGGAAGAGGAGGCAUCGGCAAGGCUGCACUAUUGGGGGUCCAUCCUUUUGUUGUCACCGGCAUUGAUGGCAGCUGUUUGCGAAGCAAUGCGCUUCGGUGCUCAGAAGAAGUCGGUUUGUGCUUCCGCUACAUGGCUUUGCCAACCAUUAAGAUCAUGCUGCCCAAAGAGCCUUGCAAAAAGAAUUGCAUCAAUCCCACAUCCUUACCUCGAGCUGCAACAAGAAGAAGAGGCUACUGAUUUAGAGUGCUUGAUGUGUGAUGGGGAAACCAAGCGCAAGGUCCCGGGAACAAACCUUUGUUUUACUUUGGCCUUGAUUUUCUACCACCUCACUUGUGCCAGUAUGGUGGCUGUUGCCAUUGCAAAUGGCUGGCUUUCAAGCGAUGGCGGUGGCUUAGCAUGGGAACUGUGGGCACUUUGGCAACAGCUUUGCCUUUGGACUUUGUUUCUUCAGAACUUGGCGAGAUGCAUCAAGGAGGAGAGCGAGGCCUUGCAGGCCUGUACCGCCACAACUGUUGCUCUUUAUACCAUGCCACUCAUCAGUGAACUGGCUGACACCAUGAAAGACUGGGUGGUGACAGGAAUUUGUAUCCUCCAUGUGAAGACAUGGUACGGUGUUGCCAUUGGAGCUGCGCUUGUUGGCAUCGAACUCGCUGCAUUGAAGGCUGAUUGGAUCCCUCGUUUUAUCCCCAUCUCCAAGAUGAACGAUCUGUACAUCAGACCUCCUUCGAUGGUCUUGCAGGCAUGCUGUGCGGCGCUGCUUGUGGCGCGUUUCCAUCUGUGGAUGCUCUUGCCAGGUGCCGUGUUUGUCUACAGUUGGGACUCUCACAGUCUCCUCUCGCUGGUGUUGUUCCACCUUCCAGUAAACUUGCUGAUGAUUGGCUUUCUCCCGGAGAUCGAUGCCUUUUGCUCCAGCUUGUCUGCAGCAGCUUUCCCAUUGCUGGUCGAUGGUGGGCUCUUGGCAGUGAUGUCCGCUUAUGUCAUUGUGUAUUCUUACAUUGAGGUGAAUUCACACGACGACUGUGCUCGAGAGCUUCGGAAAACCUAUGGAGCUAUUCUAGAACUGCCUUUGAAGCCUGCUAUGAAAAUCGAUGAAACCUGGCCGGAGUGGAUUGCAAGACAAGCUAGCAAUCAGUUUGUCGCCUUCCUCAGUAGUUCUCGCUUGGUCAUUGCCUGGGGAGAGGACUGGCCACAAGGCGUUCUUGGCGUUUUGCUUGUGGUGCGAUACUCCAGCGGUGGUAGUGUGGGGUUCGCUGGCCUUUCUGCAAUCAUCAGCAUUUCGAAAGGACUGUUGAUCCCAUUUUGCCAACAAAUCAUCCUGGAUCAGCGUAUGGCAGUAGUCCAGAAGAGCUUGGAUGCUUUCAUGGAUUCCCAGGAGUUACAAGAUCUGUUUGCAGACCUCAAGAAAUCUUCGGUUCUCGGACCUGAAGCAGUCCUGAGUUUGCUACCAGAUUCAUUGAAGCAGCCUUCGCAGGAUAUUCUGACACGCUUCAACACUUCGGAGGCCGACCUUUUCGAACCAGUGAGACAGUUUCGGGAGGACUGGUUGACAAAUCUUAGGGAUCCUGAGAAUUCUGAGAGGAUCCGGUGUUGCCUUGUAGGGAGCUAUUUGAAGCAGGGUCUCCCUUGCAAAGUAUUGUAUAACUCAGGACAUAUGAUAGGCAAGUGCCAACUUGCUGGUUUCACUGCCGCUCAAUGCAAAGAGAUUGGUGGCUUCACUGCCAAGCAGUGCAAGGAUGCCGGCUUCUCUGCUCAACAGUGCAAGGAUGCUGGUUUUUCCGCCGAGGAGUGCAAAGAUGCAGGAUUCUCUUGCGGUGAUUGCUACGCUGCAGGCUUUUCAGCCAAGCAGUGUAAGGACGCAGCCUUCACGGCCGAAGAGUGCAGGACUGCCGGGUUUUCGGCGAGGGAUUGCUACGAUGCAGGCUUCCCUCUUGCAGAGGCCGGCUUCAGUGCCUGGGACUUGCAAAAAGCAGGCGGAACUGCCGAGGUCUUUAAGGACCUUGGCUUUUCUGCCCAAGGUUUGAGGGAGUCUGGGUUCACGGCUGAAGAAUUUCUCAUGGCUGGCUUUCAAAUCAAGGAUUGCGAAGUCGUGGGUUCGGCAGACAAGUGCUUUGAAGCGAUGAAUGAAAUGAGACAACGUGAUGGGCGGUCCGCCCAAUUCUGGAUAGAUCGUGGCUACACUGCUGAAGAGUGCAGGAAAGGAGGGUACACGAAGGAGCAAAUUGAGAAGGCCAGCUUUGACUGAGCCACUGCCGACACUCUCUCAACUCUCAAUCUAGCCAAAAAGACGUUAAUUAACGCGCACUUAUCCUCAACAUUCCUCAACAUUUUCGCUCGUCAAAUAUUGACAUGCACAGUUUGGCUGCAAACACGCAGCCAGCAAACACUGGCGCUAUGCUCCAGGCAAGCGCCUGUCUCAUCCUGCUGUUGCAUGAUGAGCGAGUCCACUGGUCGCCGGAAAAUGCCAACUGCGAUGAUCGUGUUUCGCUCCAUUGCGAGGUGGCCAGCUUUGUUUGACUUGAACCCAGCAGAGGUGGAGAGAAGUACAGAGGUGGUGGAGGUGGACCAUUGGAGUUACCACCAACAUGAGGAUUCGGUAUAUAAGUAUAUAGGUGAAAGUCUACCCACCAAUUUAUUGCUCAUCCCCCGAAGAACCAGGCACCGUGGUGUGGAUCACCGCGGUGCAUGGAUCACCGCUGAGGCCAUGUCGAUGAGGAGUGCAGCGCUCAUCGGAGCGCAGACUGGGC